CUUGAUUUCGAAGCGCCCGAUCACUCACUCACUCAGUGAAGGGAGCUACUCCACUCCACUAGCUAAGCCACACACCCACCACACAGACGUGCCAAGCACAGUACAGGGAGCGGAGCGGAGCCAUGAGCAAGGACAGGCACGAGCACCACCUGCGGCGCUGCUGCGGCGGCCUCGCGGCGUGCCUCCUGUUCCUGGUCGUCGCCGUCGCGGUCACCGCGCUCGUCGUCUACCUCGCGCUCCGCCCCGCCAAGCCCUCCUUCUACCUGCAGGACCUGCAGCUCCGCUCCGUCAGCCUCGGGGACCCGUCCCUGUCCGCCACCGCUCAGGUCACGCUCGCCUCCCGCAACCCCAACGACCGCGUCGGCGUGCUCUACCGGCGCCUCGACGUCUUCGUCACCUACCGCGACGAGCCCGUGACCGUGCCGGUGUCCUUGCCGCCCGCGUACCAGGGCCACCGGGACGUCACCAUCUGGUCCCCCGUGCUGUCCGGUGAGUCCGUGCCGGUGGCCGGGUUCGUCGCCGACGCCAUGAAGCAGGACAUCGCCGCCGGGUACGUGGCGCUGCAGGUCAAGGUCGACGGCCGCGUCCGGUGGAAGGUCGGCAGCUGGGUCUCCGGCAGCUACCACCUCUUCGUCAGCUGCCCUGCCGUGCUUGCCGCCGGCCCCGGCGGUGUCCCGCCCGGCGCUGGUGGCCCCAACGGCACCGCCGGCCGAGCCGUCGCGUCGCUGAAGUUCACGCAGCCCACAGGGUGCACCGUCGGCACCUGAAGGAAAUUACGUACUAAGUAGCGGUUUAAUUUUAUGCUUAUGUCUCGUGUAGUCGUGUAACGGGGAGAAUAAAAUGUACUUCAAUUUUGGCAUUAACAAUUGCAAUUUGUAUUUCUUUGC